AUGGACAUGUACAUCAUGUAUGACGGCGCGUUCAGCUACCUUCGCCCUCUGUGCUUGGAGUACUCUCAUCAACCUCCUCUAAUACAGAAUGACCAUCCGUACAGCUCUCGCUGGUUGAACAACUCUCAACCAUCAUGUAGAGUUCUUGCAGCCCUCAGGAAGCGCUGGAGGCUGCUGGCCUUCGUCAACAGCCUCAGCAUCGAACGACCAAUACGCCCACGGCUCCCGAGGCUGCUUGUUCUCCCCGAGGGAUGCGUCUCGCCCGCGAUGAUCGAGCUCGGGCGUGUACGCACGAUGUCUGCCGUGGUCGCAGUGGUCGGGAGAGUCGUGCAUCUGCGCGACGUAGCAGUACUCUGCCGCUGGGGCCGAGUCAGCCUGACGAAAGCCGCGCGGCGCGGGCUCGGGGGGACGGGGACGCUCACCGAUCACGAUGUCGGCCGGGUCGACGCGGUGGUCGCGCGCGAGGCGCAGCGCGUGGUCGAUGAAGAACGCGUUGCACGCGCGGGGCUCCACGACGCGGAACAGCUUUCGGCCGAUGCAGUGGUCGUCGUCGGGCCCCGGGGCGAGGUUGACUUCGUGGCUGCGGGGAAACGACCGGGUUCAGCGGCAGAACGUGCGUCGAUCCACUGCCGCGCAUGUCAAUCCAAGCGACCCCUCGUUGAUGAGCAGCAACAGGAAGCGAGGGAAAGUGAAGACGCGCUCGUCGAAGUCGCCCGGCGAGCCGCGGCCAUCGUGACGCACAUCAAGCAGAAGGUGCAGAGUGGUGCUGGCAGCCUGGCGGUGAGCACAGAGAUGCAGAAGAUCCUGGCCGAGCUUCACGCAGUGAUGGAGAAUAUACGUGCUGAGGUCGAAGAUGUGCUCAAGAUCGUACCCUUCGUGCGAUUCCUUCGUCGGAAAAUGGUCCAGAAGAAGGGACAGACCUGCGUGCAGAAACUGGACGAUGCAUGGCGGGCCUUCGAUAGCGCACUCUUGGUUCAUCUCGAGAACCAGGUCAAAGCGCAAGGUGAAUCGUUGGAGCGUCUCGAGGACCAGAACAGAUCACAGAUACCUUACGCUCGAUUCACCGAUAUCCAGCACAAGGUCCGCCAAGGAAAGUAUAAUACGAGCACUUACAGCGGAGAUCAGUUCAGUGGUCUCUGGGGAUCCGAACAACGUGUUGUGACAGUACGAAAGUUCGAUCCAAGCCUAAAGACGUGCGUCGUUCGAGCAAUCAGAGCAUAUUCUCAAAACCAGCCAUGCUCGCUCAUUGUCGAUUUGACAGGGCCGCGGAAGUCCAUCAUAGAAGACUUUACCGGCAAGGACCCCAGGGUAUGGAUGAGGAAACUGCUACAGCAUAACGUUUUGACGUUCAUGGAACAGCAAGCACUAGUCCCGACUUACACGGGAUCUCAGCGUCGCAACGUGCAUACGGAAGGGCCGUGCCUACCCUCCGCUCAAGUAGACAACCAAGGCCGACUCGUCGUGGACGCAUCGGAUCUCACGGAUGCGCUUCCAUUCUGCGUCUAUAACUGCAUAUGCCGCUUGUACGCCGAGAUGAAAAGCGACGGCGACCGCUUCACGCGUCUCGGCAACAUCGACGAUCUCGCAGGACCCUCAGCCAACGCCUUUGGCGUCAGCCGUCGGGUGUACAGAGAGCUCUCCGGCCGCUUCAAUCGCUUCACUUGGUCAGCCAGCGCGGUCGAGAGCCACGAAGUCAACCUCGCCCCGGGGCCCGACGACGACCACUGCAUCGGCCGAAAGCUGUUCCGCGUCGUGGAGCCCCGCGCGUGCAACGCGUUCUUCAUCGACCACGCGCUGCGCCUCGCGCGCGACCACCGCGUCGACCCGGCCGACAUCGUGAUCGACAUCGUGCGUACACGCCCGAGCUCGAUCAUCGCGGGCGAGACGCAUCUGACCGUCGCGGUGCGUGUAGCGAGCGCGUGGCUUCACAUUCUACCCCUCGGGGAGAACAAGCAGCCUCGGGAGCCGUGGGCGUAUUGGUCGUUCGAUGCUGAGGCUGUUGACGAAGGCCAGCAGCCUCCAGCGCUUCCUGAGGGCUGCAAGAACUGCUUCGAGGUCGCGUACGUCCCCUCUCAGAUCAUCGCGUGCUGCUAA